CCACGUGCCUCUAUUGUCUCCUAUGGGGGGGGCUUCUUUCUUCCUUUUUAUGCACAUUCAGACUGCGGGCUGGCUGACUUGUGCUUUUGUGCCCCCCCCCACCCCCUUCUCUAUAGAUGCACAGACGGUUCAGUGGUAAUUUGAUGUCUGUCCUAAGGGACGUUUGAUGGAUUAAAGCUAAGCAGCUCCAUUCCGAGGUACCACCUGAUCUCUGAGCCUGCAUCCCAUAUAAAGACAGCAUGAUUGCUGAUCUCAGCUAGUAAGUCAGUUCCCUUUCCUUUUCUGUGUGUGUGUAUGUGUGUGUGUGUCUCUCUCUUUCUCUCUCUCUCACUCUCUCUCUCUGCUUCUCUGUCUCCUCUCUUCUUUUAUACAUCUCAGUUUCUCAACAUUCUCUGUACCUUCCAAACAAUCCAUGACUUUCAACAACGGAGCUGUCCAGCGCUGAAGGAAGGAUUUUAUUUUUUUGACAACCGAAAGACAAAGACUUUCCUCAGUAACACCAUGCCUCGUUCUUUUCUUGUGAAGAAAAUAAAGCUUGAUGAUUUUCCAUCUACCACUGUCCCGGUUCCAAAUUAUCAUCAACUGGAUGAAUCAUAUAUCUUGGCACGAUCUAUCACGGAUACUGUAGGUAGCUUGGGAAUUCGCAUGAGUGAAAAUGGCUACAUACAAGACUGCAUCACAACAUCAGCCUACGAGAGUGAGAAGGAAAGGGGGAUAAAACUGUCACCUGAAGACCCUAGCUACACAAGAGAUGCCGAGGAAUAUAGUAAUCCUGACACAGACCACCCUGACAGCCCUCACUCAGGCCUCUCUUCUGGUUACUUCAAUGGUGAGAUAGCAGUUUCUGAGAGCUAUAGUAUGGAUGCUUUCUUUGUCACUGAUGGGCGCUCCAGAAGACGGAAUGAUGGCCCAAUUCGUACCAGCCAGCGCCACACUUGCAAUGAGUGUGGGAAGACCUAUGCCACAUCUUCUAACCUCAGCCGCCACAAGCAAACACAUCGGAGUCUGGACAGCAAGAUGGCAAGGAAGUGCACAACUUGUGGUAAAGUCUAUGUGUCUAUGCCUGCACUCGCUAUGCACAUUCUGACCCAUGACCUCAAGCACAAGUGUGACGUCUGUGGGAAGGCAUUCAGUAGGCCAUGGUUGCUACAGGGUCACAUGCGAUCCCACACAGGGGAGAAACCCUUUGGCUGUGCCCACUGUGGUAAAGCAUUUGCUGACCGUUCCAACCUUCGGGCACACAUGCAGACCCAUUCGGCAUUCAAGCACUACAAAUGCAAGCGUUGUAAUAAGACAUUUGCCCUGAAGUCAUACUUGAAUAAGCACUAUGAGUCUGCUUGUUUUAAAGGUGCAGAAAGUCCAUGCUCUGUUGAGAACUAGGACUGCUUCAUGCCAGCAAUAGAACCCCUAUUUCCCCUUCUAUGGAAAGCAAUACUUAACUGAGGUGACAUUGAUUACUUGUUGAUAUGCUGGAAUUCCAUUUGUUUGCUUUUUCAAAAACUUCCAAUCAAAAAUGUAUUAAUGGGCAGUUUAGCAUUAAGAUAAGGUUCUUCCGCUUUGCUCAAGAAACUUGAAAUAACUUUGGAUGCUACGGUGUUUUUUAUACGUGAGAGAAAAGGGAACAAAUGACCUCUUGUAUUUUAUGCUGCUUUUUUGCUAAGAGAAUGGACAUUUUCUUUUGCAUUAGCCAUAUUCUUUUCAAUUUUUGUUUCAUAUAUAUAUUUGUUUUGUUUACACGUCAAACGUGGACCAUAACAGUAUUCACAGAAGUGGGUCUUCAAGUUAUUUAUUAGAUAAUAACAAUAAUAAUAAUAAUUGUGUGUCAUUUGAUAAAUAUUUAUCAUAAGUCUUAAUUAUUUGUCAUACUGAGAAUGUUACUUCUUUUUACCAAUCAUUUCUGAGCCAUUGAAGCAAAAACUCUAGAAAGAUAAAAAGGAAGCAUUCUGUAAGUGAGCCUUAUUCUGCGUUAAAAAAAGCAUAAUCCACCUCUGUAUAACAAGUGAAAGUAAAACUAUAAUUACAAAAAGUGGGAGAAGGUGGGUAAAAUACAAAGGUAACAGCUAACAUAGUUAAAAAUCAUUAAGCUAAAAAGGUUUAAAAUAAGUCAUAGUGUGUGAUUGGUUUUGAUUAGCCAUUUUUGUUUGCCAGUCUAUAAUGAUACUGAACUUUUUUACUUAUCCAAUGAAUGUUACAGAGAUUGCUGUGACAGGGUACCAAUGACUGUUACAGAGAUUGCUGUGACAGGGUACCAAUGACUGUUACAGAGAUUGCUGUGACAGGGUACCAAUGACUGUUACAGAGAUUGCUGUGACAGGGUACCAAUGACUGUUACAGAGAUUGCUGUGACAGGGUACCAAUGACUGUUACAGAGAUUGCUGUGACAGGGUACCAAUGACUGUUACAGAGAUUGCUGUGACAGGGUACCAAUGACUGUUAUAGAGAUUGCUGUGACAGGGUACCAAUGACUGUUACAGAGAUUGCUGUGACAGGGUACCAAUGAAUGUUACAGAGAUUGCUGUGACAGGGUACCAAUGACUGUUACAGAGAUUGCUGUGACAGGGUACCAAUGACUGUUAAAGAGAUUGCUGUGACAGGGUAACAAUGACUGUUACAGAGAUUGGUGUGACAGGGUACCAAUGACUGUUACAGAGAUUGCUCUGACAUGGUACCAAUGACUGUUACAGAGAUUGCUGUGACAGGGUACCAAUGAGUGUUACAGAGAUUGCUGUAACAGGGUACCAAUGACUGUUACAGAGAUCUAUGACAGGGUACGAAUGACUGUUACAGAGAUUGCUGUGACAGGCUACCAAUGACUGUUAUAGAGAUUGCUGUGACAGGGUACCAAUGAAUGUUACAGAGAUUGCUGUGACAGGCUACCAAUGACUGUUACAGAGAUUGCUGUGACAGGGUACCAAUGACUGUUACAGAGAUUGCUGUGACAGGGUACCAAUGACUGUUAAAGAGAUUGCUGUGACAGGGUAACAAUGACUGUUACAGAGAUUGGUGUGACAGGGUACCAAUGACUGUUACAGAGAUUGCUCUGACAUGGUACCAAUGACUGUUACAGAGAUUGCUGUGACAGGGUACCAAUGAGUGUUACAGAGAUUGCUGUAACAGGGUACCAAUGACUGUUACAGAGAUCUAUGACAGGGUACGAAUGACUGUUACAGAGAUUGCUGUGACAGGCUACCAAUGACUGUUAUAGAGAUUGCUGUGAUGGGGUACUGUUGAUAGUUUACAGACUUUUUUUGAUAAAUGUCUUCUUUCAGAGACUAUGAUAGCUUCCAACCCUGACAUUACCUGACCAGUGACUGUCACAGAGAUUGCAGUCACUGGCUAAUAAUAAUGGUGGUUUACUGACCUUCUUGAUAUGUGUCUUCUUUCAGUGACUAUGCAUACCUCUAUAUGACCACAGACACGUGCACUUUUGGACAGUAAUAUAAAUUUGUAUGUACAGUUGCGCAUUAAGAGCUACAAAAUUUGGAAUCCAUUUAUCCUCUAAAUGUACAAGAAGAAGGCAUAAUUGUGGAUAUAAUCAUGCAGACCUGAAGCUUAGAUGUUGCACUUAAUAUUAUUUUUACUUAAUUUUGUAAAAACUUUCUAAAUAAUUUUCAUUGCCAGACUAAACAAUUUAAAUACGACACUAUUUUGGUGUGAAUAAUACUGAACAUAACAUAGUGACAUGGUUACAGGUGAGAUGUAAUAGUAUCAGGUAAAGCUUAUGCAAGAUACAAACGUACGCAGCUGUAAAUGUGACAGUUAAUUGUAUACGUAUUGUCAUUAUUUAGUCAUAUCAGAUCGGUAUGCUGUAAGACUGCGUUAGAAUACAUACAAAACUAUGUAAAAAUGUGCAUGGGCCAGAGAAUAAUUUGUAACAGUAUCCAUGGGCCGCAGAAUAAUUUGUAACAGUAUCCAUGGGCCGCAGAAUAAUUUGUAACAGUAUCUGUUCUUACAAUCAGUUCCUGAAUUUUCACAACAUUCUCAGGACCUGCAAUGUACAUAACAGACAUUGCACGCUGACUUUGUUCUGCUAACUGCAGAGUUCAGAUGUAUGCAAAGAUGGAAUAAAUGUCUUCCUAAAUAUAAAACAAGUACCACAUAAUUAAUGAAGCACUAUAAAGAUAUCCUACUGCACUGACCAGUGUUUACGAACCAGGGUAUAGUUUGCAUGCAUUUAAAUUAAUCGGGCAGAUUAAGUCUGUUAUGUCAUCCAUGUUUGUCACUGAAUACACUGUAUCAAACCAUGUUUCUUAGUUAAAGAUAAUAUCUAGACAUGGAACAGAUUAAUAGUGUGCAUUACAUGAAAAAGCGCACUAUUAAUCUGUGCAUUUGCAUUCCAUGAAAAUGGAAGCGUAAACUCAUGUUGUUUCAUCUUUUAUGAGCUAUUAAUCAUCUAGAAUUUUAACUAAGACAUCUUGGCAUUAAUUUAUUAGUCUAUAUAGGGUAAGCUGCAUUCAUCUUCUGCAAGCACUUUGCAGACUAACCAGGGUAUAGAUAUAUAAACUACUUUUCAGUUUUUGAAACGCAAAAAAGGGCAACCAAUAUCCAGCACCUGCUCACUUACAAACUGCCUUCCAGUUCUCUUAGAGUUGCCAAAAGCUCUUGCCACUUUGAAGUGACAGGCUUACAUGUAAUGUGUCUUAGGUUUAAUGUAUUUAUUUAUUUAUUUAAUUGAUUAUUUUAUUUAUUUAAUGUAUUCUUUUAUUUAUUUAUUUAUUUAUUUAUUUAUUUAUUUAUUUAUGAGCGUGCAUUUCCUAUUUCUCUGCCAUAAUAUGGAAAUGAUUGAUCUUCUAUAAAAACCUGCUGCUGACUCUCAAAUCUGUAUAUGCAUGCAUUGUAGAUAAUAGAGCAGGGAAUGAAAAUAGGUUCUGUUUCUUAAAGAGGAACAAUAUAUAUUUUUUAAAAAAACUGCAUGCAGUAUCUGGGCAAUAAACCUCAUGUACUUGCAUUACCAUUUCAUAGUAUUAUUCCUUAAAUGUUUAAAAAAAGUGUUUUUAUACCUUAUGAAGAAAAGAAAAACAAGAUGCAAUUAGGUUAUUUCAUAACAUUCAUGACUGAUUCUUUUUACCGGAGCUUCCGUGUGUUUAAGGGUUGAGCGAAGAUUCACUUGGGAAGAUCACAGCUCCUCCUAAAAAUACCCCUUUCCAUCUUUUGUACUCAUUGGUAUAUUCCAAUUAACUUUGUAAACAUAUUUUUUUAAAAACUAGGUAGAUAACCUUAUUAGUAUCAGAGCUUCCAAAAAUCUGAAGUACCAGCCUUGAAUUAAUUCACCUUAAGGCAAAACAGUAUGUUAUGCAUUUUGGUUAAAAACAUUUGGCAACAUCAUUAAUCAACAUAUGUUACAUGACCAUGUUACAUAGUGUAGUAAUGUACAGCUCAGAAAUUGCAAUUAUAAUAUAUAAAAUAAACAUUUUAAAUAUAAAUUGCAGUUUAUUGUAAUGUUCAAUAUGAACAAGAUACUCUUAUAAAGUUUACAUGUGGUAGAUGUUAUACUUGAAUUCAUCCUCUUUUCAUGAGGUGAAAUCACUCAGUUGAAUAUUAUGACAUAAUAUAAGACAUAUACAGAUCUCUCAUACAGUUGCAAUGAUAUCCCAGGCAAAAUUUACAAUCAAAUUGCAUCUGCAGUUUAUUUUAUAGUCAUGAAGUGGCAUUGUAGGUAUUGAUUACAGAAGACUUGUACGCUUCCACUGUUUGAAGCUAUUUCGCUAAACCUGAAGGUAACAGAACUUAGUAUGUAUAAACCUUCAAUAACUGGUGCAGUUUGUACAUUAGAGAUGGCCAUAUCAUACAUUCCUAAGUCUAGCAAGGAUGUUGCCAAAAAUAAUUAAGUGAUUCAGGCAAGCAUAUCUACGUACUGUAAUAUCGCAAGUGAACAUGCCAUUUUUUCAAGUUAUAAAAGAAGAAAUUGGAUUCAGAUUGCCAUUUUUAUAGCCAGCUUCUAUAGAAUGUGGUCAGUUACAAAGUGUGUCUUCUGUUACUAGUCAAAAGCUAGUGACAAUAUCCCUUAAGCAAAACACACGCAACAGAAAUUGAUGCUGUUCUCUUCCAAAAUAUGCACAGACAAAGCAUUGCAUAUGAGGUAUCAGAUGUUAAGAACAUUUAAUCAGGGAUGUUAGCAGUAUUUUUAAUCUUGAGACCCUACUGAUAUUGCAGAAUUGGGACUUUCCACUACAUUGAUGAAGACAUGGACAGCAAAUAUUUCACAUAUGCUCAGUUAAUCUGUGAAACAGAUAUUUUCUGACUACUGUCUAUUGAUUGUAAAUGUGCAGUUUAAAUAAAAAAUAAUGGGAAAUGUACACAACCAACCUCAAAUGAAACAUGUGUGUGUACAAGAUCUCACAUUUUAAAUCUUGAAAAAUAAAAUGUUCUAUGGUGUAAUGGUGGUUUUGAAGAGCAUGCAUCCAUAACAUGCUCAUUUACGUACAUUUUUGUAACAUUUGUUAAACACAGUGUAUGUGUGGAAAAGAACUAAUCCUGCCCAUGUGACCAUGUUAUCAAACGGAAAAUGCUAUGAUAUGAAACCAGUGAGUUUUGAAAGAAGACAGAAAUGGGUUUUGAAAACCAAUUAUUGCAGGAAAUCAGUGAUAUUAUAACAUUUCUACCUUUGGUAGCAAGUGUAUAUACCCCCAAAUAUUCUGAGUUUAACAGCAACUAAGGCAAAUGUUAACCAAAAAUAUACAAGGCAAACAAACUGAUUUCACCUAAAGGUGUAUUUGCAGCAAGUCGUUUUUAUCCCACUAAUGUUCAUUUCAUUUGUCUGUUGUAUGGAGCAAAAAUCAAUAAAUAAAUGAUAUAUUUUUAACCUUUGUAAAUGCUAGCAUCAAAAACAAUCUUCUGUUGAAAAAGAAAUUGUUCCUCUUUAUGAUUUAUACUGUAAAUAGCAUAACAGCAAUAAUUUUAACUGCAUGUCUGUUUUCCAAGCCUUUUUUAUAUUGUAAAGAGGUCAAUACAGGUACCAAUUACAGUAUUGAAACUGCCCUAUGAAUCAGGGAUACUAAAAGCAUUAAAGUAUCUUACAUAUACUCUGAAUUUUUAAA